GUCCCAGUAUAACACGUGAAGGCUCUCAUGUAUCGACGGAACGGGGACUGUCAAGCAACUACGGAACGCAAUGACCUGGCUUCCCAGCAACCUUAUCCAUAUUCCUCGUAGGAUUUACUGUACUUCGAUUACGUCUUUCGCUUGGAGGGCCGGUCGACCGAUCUCUUUCUUGGGAAUUUGUCAAAUUCUUAUAGGUAGUUCUACGCAUAUGACCCGUUCUGAGAGUUGUGCAGAGAAAGGUAUAGAUGGAUGGGCAGGUACCUCAUCUACUAGGGAUUUCUUAAGCUCUUUGUAACGUCUGGUUCUAAGUAAGUCUCGCCAAAGCAUUGGUGGAAUUGGCACACCUGGUAUCCCUCAAUACAACGCUCGUAUUUCGUUUAUUGGGCGCAGGAGAGUACUCAUUUAGGGUG